UCAGGAUCUUGUGUUAACAGCUGCUUGAUUCAUAGUGCAAGAGCACGAAACUUCGAAAAGUAAAAAUAAAAAAUAAAAAAAGGAAAUGGAUUCUUGGCUCAACAUAGUACUGAUGUGUGGACUCUUAAUAGUAACUCUUCAGGGAACCAACGGAUCCAGACUUCAUCGGUCCAAAAAUGAGCACCAACAGCUGAUGACAAAUAUCCACCAUCUGCAAGAGCACUAUAACACACUCGGAACAGAAUGGGUUGGAAAGUCAGUUUUUGCUUCCCAUUUGGACCAGCUGAAAUCCAGGGGCUCUUGCACUUGUCAGAUGGUGUUACUCGAUGGAAUGCUGAAAAUCUAUGAAGAAAUCUUCACAGACAUGUGGAAUAAGUCUGAGAACAAAGAAGUUAAAACUCUUCUAGCAUCUGUAAAAAAGAUGGUACAAGACUUGAGAGAUAAGUACAGUGAAGAACAGAAAGUAUGGAGGGAACUUCAGGACAUUCACUCAAUCAAGGUGAAAAAUGGUACAAUCCAUGGAGGAGCACUCAAUGACUUUCUCAUGGUGAUUAAACAGGCCCACAAAGAAAAACAUCACAAGAGCCAGUGAGAAGAUCCAGAAAUCAGACUUAAUCCUGACAUAAGUCAUGUCUUCGCAAUACAUGUAGUAUACUAGUGCCUUGCUAUUGUAAUAUUUAUUUUUAAAUUAUAUGAAACAAAAAAUUAUUUAUUGUUGUUUUGUGUACUCUACUACAAUGGUUCUCAACUGGUCAGUCAUGAUCCAAAAAUGGCUUGCAGGUCUGUUCCAUUAGUUGCAGCUAUAUAAUCAUGCAUAUUUAGGACAGCAAGUAAAUUAUUGGCUGCCAAGAGUAUGAAACCAUCAAAAUUCAGUUUCGUAUGAUUAAUAAUUUUAGGACUGUGCUGAGUUGCCACUUGAUUUCCAAUGUAAACUCUGGGACUUGAAGCAAAACCAGUUGCGAACCACUCCUCUACUACACCAUAACACAAUGGAACUAUAAAUCUAACUUAUUUUUACACAGCCACAACUGCAAUAUUUGCAUAUAUUACAGUGUACAGAACUGGUGCAUGUUGAUCAAAACUAACUGUACAUUUGCUUUAAAGAUUUUGUGAGC